AAAAUUUGCCAACUAAUGCAGAAAUGUUCUGUAAAUAUUUUAUUUGUAGCUGAUGAUUUUACGCUUGUAUGUAUGGUAUUCAAGGAUUAGUAUUUGGCUGAGUCGUCAGGGACAUAGAUCUAGGUGGCUGCUACAUGAUAACAUGGAAUAACGCAAGCGUUUUACAUACUAGCUGUACCUAGUCAUCCAGCUUGCAACCCAUACGCUUUAAAGGAAGCCACGAUGACAGUGGUGAUUGGAUUCGAAGGCAGUGCCAACAAGAUAGGAGUGGGUAUUGUGCGGGAUGGCGUGGUCCUCUCGAACCCCAGGCGUACCUACAUCACACCGCCAGGCCAAGGGUUCCUGCCCAGUGAAACUGCCAAGCACCACAGGGGCGUUAUCCUGACUGUCCUGAAGGAGGCGCUGCAGCAAGCAGGCCUCAAACCUGCUGACAUUGACUGCGUGGCCUACACAAAGGGUCCAGGGAUGGGCGCCCCGUUGGUGACCACGGCCCUGGUCGCGCGGACAGUGUCCCAGCUGUGGGGGAAGCCGCUCUUGGGGGUGAACCACUGCAUCGGGCACAUCGAGAUGGGACGCCUGGUCACCCGCGCCAACAACCCCACCGUGCUGUACGUCAGCGGGGGGAACACGCAGGUGAUCGCGUACUCGGAGCGCCGCUACAGGAUAUUCGGGGAGACCAUCGACAUUGCCGUGGGGAACUGCCUGGACCGAUUCGCCAGGGUCAUUAAGAUCUCGAACGACCCCAGCCCCGGAUACAACAUCGAGCAGAUGGCUAAGAGGGGUAAGCAGUACGUGGAGUUGCCCUACACGGUAAAAGGAAUGGACGUCUCCUUCUCCGGAAUACUGUCCUACAUCGAGGAAGCGGCUCACAAGAUGCUGGGCUCCAGGCAGUGCACGGCAGAGGACCUGUGUUUCUCUCUGCAGGAGACCUUGUUCGCCAUGCUGGUGGAGAUCACGGAGCGAGCCAUGGCGCACUGCAACUCCCAGGAGGUCCUCAUUGUCGGGGGAGUGGGCUGUAAUUUGCGGCUGCAGGAGAUGAUGGGGACGAUGUGUAAGGAGAGAGGAGCGCGCCUCUUCGCCACGGACGAGAGCUUCUGCAUCGAUAACGGGGCUAUGAUCGCGCAGGCCGGCUGGGAGAUGUUCCGGGCGGGUCACGUGACCGAGCUGCCGGACUCCUGGAUCACCCAGAGGUUCAGGACGGAUGAGGUGGAAGUCACGUGGAGAGACUGACUGACUGCCAACUCGCAUCCAACAUAGCACCUCUUCGCCUUUAGCUCCGCCUCCUCACGUGACAGGACGAUGAUGUCACAGCACGUGUCAGAGGCUUCCCUCUGUGUCUUUCUCCAGGGCAGAAUUUCACCUGAAGCUGGGGUUCUUAAAAUCAGCGCUGGGCCCUCCCGGUCUAUCCUGAUUGGUGUGUAUCGCAUCGUGAUGGCCGACGGUGAAUUAAUUAUGUCUAGUUUAUGAACGACUGAUGAAGGAAAAUCAGAUCAGUGCGAAUGUUGCUCUGUGGGUGGGAGGUGUGACAAACAGAACUAACAAAACAGAACUAACUCCAAACUGCAUCCUGGUGCACAGUUGCUCAUUUUCUGUAUUCUCUGAAUAAGGAAAACAUAAAAUUGUUCCCGUUUCACAUGUA